UCCACUCCCCCCCCACACGCCCCCUCUGAAUUCUAAACACCUAAAACGCAGAAGACCCCAUAAAACCUUAUCUUCUAUCCUCUUCUCUUAUCAUCUGCCCUCUCCUCCCUCUUCCAAUCCCCAUAUGUGAACUUCUCAGUUCUCUCUUCUUCCCAUUGCCAUUCCCAUCUACGUAUUUGCUGACCACCAAGCAGGAAGGUAAAAGAAGCAAUUUUUCAUGGCGCCCAAAGCUGGGAAGGCCAAGCCCCAUAAGGCUAAGGGCGAGAAGAAGAAGAAAGAAGAAAAAGUUCUCCCCACCAUCGUCGACAUUACCGUCCAGGCGCCAGACUUCUCUCACCUGACGCUCAAGGGGAUAUCUACGGACAGAAUUCUCGAUGUGCGAAAGCUUCUGGCCGUACACGUGGACGCUUGCCAUGUGACUUGCUACUCCCUCGCUCACGAGGUGCGGGGCCCGCGGCUCAAGGACACGGUCGAGAUCCCCUUGCUGAAACCGUGCCACCUCACCAUCGUCGAAGAGGAGUACACGGAGGAGCUCGCCGUCGCUCAUAUCCGCCGCCUCUUGGAUAUCAUCGCUUGCACCACCGCCUUUAGCCAUGCUCCGGCGAAGAAUGCUGGAGCCUCUACGCACCCCGACGCAAAUUCGCCGACGUCCGGUGCACCGUCUAGCGGUGGCGUAUCAAAGGAGCGCGACGCCCUCCCGGCCGACACAUCAGAAUCCAUUCUAAAGACCCAACGAGGAAGCGAUAAAUCCGGAUCCCUUGCCCCUGCCGUCGGUGCUUCUGGAGCGAAUAAGAAGGAAGAAGCUCCCAUCUACCCUCCGCCCAAGCUUGGCAACUUCUACAGCUUCUUUUCCUUCUCCCACAUCACACCGCCGCUCCAAUACAUCAGAAGGUCGGUGCGGCCAUUUGUGGACGAUAAGAGAGUAGAUGACUUCUUCCAGAUCGAUGUGAGAUUUUGCAAUGGGAAGCUGGUGACAAUAGUUGCUUGUCGAAAUGGUUUCUAUCCGGCAGGGAAAAGGGCUCUAACUAGCCAUUCUUUAGUGGGAUUGUUGCUGCAGAUCAGCAGAUCCUUCGAUGGAGCUUACAAGUCUCUCAUGAAAGCUUUCGUGGAGCACAAUAAGUUUGGUAAUCUUCCAUAUGGGUUCCGAGCAAACACAUGGGUGGUCCCUCCUGUUGUUGCAGAUUCUCCUGCAGUUUUUCCUCUUCUUCCUACAGAGGAUGAAACUUGGGGUGGAAGUGGUGGUGGUCAAGGAAGAGAUGGGAAACAAGACCAUAGGAAAUGGGCAAGGGAAUUUUCAAUCCUUGUUUCCAUGCCUUGCAAAACAGCUGAGGAGAGACAAAUCCGAGAUAGGAAGGCCUUUCUCCUGCAUAGCCUAUUUACCGACGUUGCAGUCCUCAAAGCUGUUGGCUCUAUUCAGGAUCUUGUUUUUGGUCAUAAACACUCAAAUGAAAUGCAAAAUGACCCUGACGCAAUUUUGCAUGAGGAACAAAUCGGGGAUAUGAAUAUUACAGUUAGACGAGAUGCAGCUGAUGCCAGUGCUAAAUUAGAUGUAAAAUUUGAUGGAAGUCAGACCUCCGGAAUGUCUUCCAAGGAAGUUGCCAUAAGGAACUUACUCAAAGGAAUUACAGCUGAUGAGAGUGUAAUCGUUCAUGACACUGCUACUUUAGGUGUAGUUGUUGUUAGACAUUGUGGAUAUACUGCUGUUGUUGAAGUUCCAGUUGAACCUGGUACCAGAACUCAACAGGACUUUGUUAUUGCAGACCAACCGGAGGGAGGCAGUAAUGCUCUAAAUGUCAAUAGCUUGAGAAUGCAGUUGCACAAGUCAUCUGCUCAGUUGAGCAACGGAGCCCUUUGUUCUCAGUUUUCUGAAAACGGUAGUUCACAGUCUUCAAGAUCUUUGGUACGAAAGUUAUUAUCAAUCAGUCUGGCAAAGUUGGAAAAAGAUGAUCAAUCACAUAGAAAAUCAAUCAGGUGGGAACUUGGUCAAUGCUGGGUGCAGCAUUUGCAGCAAGAUACAGGGAAAAGCCAGCCUAAAAAUAGUGAGGUCACUAAAGUCGAGCCAACUAUAAAAGGCCUUGGGAAACAAUUGAAAGAAAUAAAGAAAAAACUUGAAGAAAGGGCUGGAAUAAUUGAUCCAUCCAAGGACGGCUUCGUUGAUGCUAGCAAACACCAAAUGCUGGAUGAUUGUAUUCAGCAAGAGCAGGAAGGGAUAUUGAUGAAAUUGCUUCCGGAGGCUGCAUUCUUGCGGCUGAAAGAAUCUAAUACUGGUCUCCAUGUUAAGUCACCUGAAGAGUUAAUUGAGCUGGCACAGAAGUACUACGAAGAUUCUGCCUUGCCAAAAUUGGUAGCUGAUUUUGGCUCACUUGAACUUUCACCUGUUGAUGGGAGGACUUUAACGGAUUUUAUGCAUACAAGGGGCCUGCAGAUGCGUUCACUGGGCCGUGUGGUUGAGUUAGCUGACAAGCUUUCUCAUGUUCGAUCUCUAUGCAUGCAUGAGAUGGUAGUCCGAGCAUUUAAACAUAUGCUGCAAGCAGUUGUUGCAGCAGUUAGUGAUGUAGAUGAUUUGGCGGCAUCGAUUGCAUCAUGUUUGAAUGUUCUAUUGGGUACCUUACCAUCUGAGGAUGUGGAUCCUAACAUAGCUUCUGAUCAUCACCUUAAGCAGAAGUGGAUAGAAAUUUUCCUUUACAAGAGGUUUGGCUGGAGAUGGAAGGAGGAAAGUUGGAAAGACUUGAGGAAGUUUUCUUUACUCCGCAGUCUUUGCCACAAGGUUGGGCUUGAGCUAGUUCCUAGAGACUAUGAUAUGGAUGCGGUGGAUCCUUUCAAGAAAUCAGAUAUCAUCAGCAUGGUACCUGUUUACAAACAUGUUACAUGCUCUUCUGCUGAUGGAAGGACUCUUUUGGAAUCAUCCAAAACUUCCCUGGACAAGGGGAAAUUGGAGGAUGCUGUGAACUAUGGUACUAAGGCUCUUACCAAACUAGUGGCAGUCUGUGGUCCUUACCAUAGAAUGACAGCUGGAGCAUAUAGCCUUCUUGCAGUAGUCCUAUACCAUACUGGAGAUUUCAACCAGGCAACGAUCUAUCAGCAGAAGGCUUUAGAUAUAAAUGAAAGGGAACUUGGUCUUGAUCAUCCAGAUACAAUGAAAAGUUAUGGAGAUCUAGCAGUUUUCUAUUAUCGUCUUCAACAUACAGAAUUGGCUUUGAAGUAUGUCAACCGUGCCUUGUAUCUUCUGCACCUCACCUGUGGCCCCUCGCAUCCCAACACAGCAGCAACCUACAUUAAUGUAGCAAUGAUGGAAGAAGGCCUGGGAAACGUUCAUGUGGCACUCAGAUACCUGCAUGAAGCCCUCAAGUGCAACCAAAGAUUACUAGGAGCGGAUCACAUACAGACUGCUGCCAGUUAUCAUGCUAUCGCUAUUGCUUUGUCCUUGAUGGAAGCAUACACUUUAAGUGUUCAGCAUGAGCAGACAACCCUUCGAAUACUACAGACAAAGCUCGGAGCAGAAGAUCUUCGCACACAAGAUGCUGCAGCUUGGCUUGAGUACUUCGAGUCUAAGGUACAAGAACAGCAGGAUGCUGCACGGAAUGGUACUCCAAAGGCUGAUGCUUCAAUUGCUAGCAAAGGUCAUUUGAGUGUUUCAGACCUUCUUGAUUAUAUAAACCCAGAUGAAGAGCUUAAACUAAGAGAAAUUCAGAAGAAACAAGCACGGAUAAAGAUCAAGGGCAGGCUUGGACAAAGUCAAUGGGAAACAGUCGAAGAUGAAGACAUAAAGGAGGAAAAGAAAAAAAUAGAUUAUCCACCGAAGAAGAUUUCUAGUGAUAAAGAGAAUAAUGCACUUUCUCAGCCCAUGGAAUCUAAAGAUGAGAAACUCAAUAUUUCCAUUGCUCCUAUAACAUCAAGCCCGCGGGAUGAUAGUGAGCAGGGUGAAACCUGUGAAGAAGGAUGGCAGGAAGCAGUUCCCAAGGGGAGAAAUUUCUCAAACCGUAAGCCUUCCAGUUCAAGGAGACCUAGCCUUGCUAGACUGAACACAAAUGCCAUAAAUAAUGGAGAAACUGGUAGAUACAGGGGAAAAGUAGUCUCCAACUUCCCUUCCCCAAGAACCUCGCCCAAUGAAACUAGUCCCACUAAUGCCCUGAGUCCUUUUUCAGAUAAGAUAGUAAAAACUUCCAGCUUUGGUUUCAAACCUGCAACCGCCAGUAUAGCUUCCAAGACAGUUCCAUUAACAAUUUCAACGAAUGUUCAGUCCACUAGGAAAAACUUAUCAUACAAGGAGGUGGCAUUAGCUUCUCCAGGAACCAUAAUGAAGUCUGCAGAACAAAAAUCAUCACGAGAUGAGGAUCACAAUGAACAGAACGGUGAAGCACGCAGGGAGGUGACCAAUGUGGAAUUACUUCCCAAUGGAAUGCAAACUGAAGAAGAUAAAAUUAUUCACUCUGCAAUUGAGAAAGAUUCCACUCCACCAACUGCAUCCGAAACUAAAUCGAAUAAAAUUCACGAGCAAGGGGUUCCAGAAGAAAUUGAUAUUGCCAAGAUGAAAUCAUUUACAGUAGAGGAUUCACAAUUUACAUGUCCUGAUAUGAUGGAGUCUAUGAAGUUUGAUGGUUCGAGUGAUUCAAGGAUGACUUCAUUUGAAACUGAACUCUCCAAUGAAAUUGGAAAUGAUACAGAAAAUUGCAAGGCUGGUCACAAUGUCUUGGAAGAAUUAGAGUUGUCCAUAGCUAAUAAAGAUUCUGCCGAGAAGGAAAAUGAGGGAGCUUUGGCUGCUCGGUAUGAGCCACCUUACUCAGAUAGAAAUGUUCCUGCCUCUGCAGACAAUGCUGCGGAGCAAGGAGAUGAUUCUUCUGACCUAUCCAGUGGAGGGGAGAAUGAGAAAGCUACCCCGAUGGAAGGGGAAACAAAUCAACAAACAAAAGAAACAAGCAAGAAACUUUCAGCCUCUGCACCUCCUUUCAAUCCAUCUACUAUACCGGUUUUUGGUUCAGCUUCAAUUCCAAACAUACAGGAGCAUGGAGGAAUCCUGCCUCCACCAGUCAUUAUGCCCCCAAUUUUGUCAUCAAAUCCGAUUCGUAAGCAUCCUCAUCAAUCUGCUACAACAAGGAUUCCUUAUGGUCCCCGUCUUGCUGGUGGUUUCAACCGUGCAGGACAUCGAGGUGCAAGAAACAAGCUAACUAUUCCAAAUAUUGAGCCCAUUGCUGUUGAUGGGACUGGCUUUAGUCCAAAGAUUAUGAAUCCAGAUGCUGCUGAAUUCAUACCUGGCCAGCCAUGGCUUCCUAAUGGCUAUCCAACUUCUGUUUAUGGCCUCCCUGUUUCUCCUCAGGAAUCUUCAGUUUCAUCAGGCAGUUUAGCAGCAUCACCAACUGUUACUGCUGACGUUUCUGAAAAUAAUGAAGCUUUGCCUGAAGGAAACGAUCAUAGUAGCCAUACUUCAAUAAAAGAGAGUGAGAAGGCUGGAGAAGGUAAAGAGGGCGAUAAAGUUGAACCUGAGAUAAAUGCAGAAGCUAAAGAUACAGUUCCUGAAGGUACAACCGUGGAAGUAGAAUCUUCAGAGUCGGCAAUUGUUGAAAAAUCUGUAAAAUGCUGGGCUGAUUACAGUGACAGUGAAGCUGAAGAAGUUGAAAUUUUGAUUUGAAAGACCAACUUGAGAAGGAAAAGUCAUACAGGAUUUGGUAUUCCAAGAAAAAUAAUCUACUCUGGCUAAGGGGGGAGAUAGGAAAAUCUGAAUUCAUUCCUCAGUUUCUUAAAGACUAAUUGGAAUUCAAAGUUGUAUCUCCUAACACUUUCUGAGAUUGCAGAAUCCUCUAGGGGUAUUUUGCUGAGCUGAUUUUUUGUUCAUGGUUCAUUUCUUCAGCAAUUUUCUACUCGUCAUAGAAGUUACUAAAGAUUCAAUCUCGGAUGCUAUCUUGCAUGCAUAUUUAUUUGAUGGAAAGUACAACAAGUUUGUAAGGAGGAGAGUUAUGUCAAUAGUUCACCUAAUGUUGAUUACCUAUGAAA